AUGGCAAACCACAACGGUGUGAUUGUCGGCAUGGAUCUGAGAAGCAACGAGAACAACCGGGCUCAUCGCACCCGGGAGAUGGACCGGGAGCGCUUGAUCGUGCGCAGGGGGCAGCCCUUCUCCAUCAGCCUGCAGAUGUCUGACACCCUGCCGCCCAAACACCAGCUGGCUGUGGUGCUGCACCUGGGAGCGCGGGACGAGGUGGUGGUCAAGGUGCAGGCGGGGCGCGGGGCCGGGGACCGGUGGUGGUUCAGCCAGCAGGCGGUGCAAAGCGAGAUGCUGCUGACUCUGCACAGCCCAGCCGACGCUCUCAUUGGCCAGUACCGCCUGGCCGUGUUGAUGAUGUCACCGGACGGUCGCAUCCUGCAGAAGACAGGCCUGCACAUGUUCUACCUGCUCUUUAACCCGUGGUGCAGAGAUGAUGCUGUGUACCUCCCUGAUGAGAGCCUGCUGCAGGAGUACAUUAUGAAUGAGGAUGGGAUCAUCUACAGAGGAAGCUGGGAUGAAAUUGUCAGUCUGCCCUGGAAUUUUGGACAGUUCGAGGACCAUGUGGUGGACAUCUGUUUCGAGAUCCUGGACAACUCCAGAGCCGCUCUGAGGAACUCGGAGAUGGACACCAAGAGCAGAUCGGACCCCGUCUACGUCAGCAGGACGGUCUCAGCCAUGGUGAACUCUAACGACGACCGGGGCGUGCUCUCCGGCCGCUGGGUGGAGCCAUACUCAGACGGGGUGGCGCCAUACCGGUGGACCGGCAGCGUGCCCAUCCUGAGGAGGUGGAGCGAGUCGGGCGCCAGGGCGGUGAAGUACGGCCAGUGCUGGGUGUUCGCCGGCGUGGCCUGCACAGUGCUGCGCUGCCUGGGAAUCCCAACUCGCUGCAUCACAAACUUCUCUUCGGCUCACGACGUGGACGGGAACCUGUCCCUGGACGUCCUGAUCAACGAGAAACUGGAGAACAUGACGGGAAGUGGAGACAGCAGCUGGAACUACCACUGUUGGGUGGAGUCGUGGAUGAGGAGGGACGAUCUGGCAGCAGGAUACGACGGCUGGCAGGCUUUGGACCCGACUCCUCAGGAGCGGAGCGAUGGUGUGUACCGCUGCGGCCCGUGUCCCAUCAAGGCCAUCAAGGAGGGCGAGCUGGGAGUGAAGUAUGACGCUCCUUUUAUAUUCGCUGAGGUCAAUGCUGACAUCAUCCACUGGAUCGUCCAAUCAGACGGCCGGAAGCGGCAGUUCAGAGUGGACCAGAACAGCGUGGGGAGGAACAUCAGCACCAAGAGUGUUUACGGGAACUUCAGAGAAGAUGUCACUCUGCAGUACAAAUACCCUGAAGGCUCACAGAAGGAGAGAGCGAUCUUUGAGAAGGCGGGGCGUCGGGUCACACAUCCGACCAAUGGGGAGGCAGAACCAGAGAAACUGCAGCUGUCCAUCAGGCACGCCCAGCCCGUGUUCGGGACAGACUUUGACGUAAUCGUUGAGGUGAAGAACGACGGGGAGCAGGACGCCACCGCUCAGCUCACCGUGCUGUGCCUGGCCGUGACGUACAACUCUCUGCACCGGGGCGAGUGUCAGCGCAGGACGACCAGCAUCACCGUGCCGGCUCACAAAGCCCACAGGGAGGUGCUGCGCCUGCGUUACGAGCAGUACGCCGCCUGCGUCUCGGAGCAUCAUGUGAUCAGGGUGCUGGCCCUGGCGGAGUCGGCGCGGCACAACGAGCCGGUCCUGGAGUCGACCAACAUCGAACUGAGCGUGCCUGAACUCCACAUCAGGAUCUCUGGCAAGGCUUUCCUACAUGAGGAGGUGACGGGCGUCGUCUCCUUCACCAACCCUCUGCCGGUCCAGCUGAGAGGCGGCGUGUUCACUGUGGAGGGAGCCGGCCUGCUGCCCGCCACCGAGAUCCCUGUCCCUGGUGUCCUGAAUCCAGGUGAGGAGGUUGCCGUCAGGUUCUCCAUCAAGCCCAGUCGCACCGGGCUGAGGAGGCUCCUGAUCGACUUUGACUCCGACAAGCUGAAGGACGUGAAGGGAGUGGCCACCGUGCUUGUCCACAAGAGGUCGCGCCUCUCCACGAUGGGUAUUUUUGGUGCGAUACCUCUGAAUUGACCAGUUAACUGAUGUUUGAUGAUGUGAUUUUCUCUUGCUGUGAAGGAAUGCGAACA